AUUUGUUUGUUUGUAAUCAUUCAUUACCAAUUUUGAUAUAAAUAAAAACGAGGAGUGUAAUUUUUAUUUUUGAAACACCGUUUUAUAUAUGAUCAGAGUGUUAAUUUUGAUAAAAUAUGUCGGUGCAUUGGAGUUCAGAGAUUAUGAAAUGGGAGUACCGGGAACUACAAGCCACAGCUAUGUCUGUGGAUUACUCGGGAAAUAAUGUAUUGCUAGCGGGUCGAAGAUGGUUGGCCAUCAAACAGCUGUGUCUGGAUGAUGAUGGUGGAGAUAUAGUAAAGAAAUAUCCCCGGCAUAGUAAAUAUGAUGCAGCUGGGGCGGAGUGGUGCCAGUCAUAUCACGGACAAAAGCUAUGUGCCAUUGCGAGUAAUCAACGUGUUGAUGUGUAUGAAUGGCGUGCUGGUAAUGAUUUGACAUGCAUAUGCUCUCUUCGUGGACAUACCAGAGUUGUCAGUGAUACACAUUUUCACAAACAAGACUACAAUCUCAUUGCCACUUGCUCUAUUGACACCUUUACUCAUUUAUGGGAUUUAAGAGAUGCCAGAAAACCUGUAGUCUCUCUAUGUGCUGUAGCUGGGGCAUCACAGGUGCAAUGGAAUAAAGUAGCUACUCAUGUAGUUGCAACAGCUCAUGAUGGUGAUAUUAAAAUUUGGGAUUAUCGUAAACACACAGCUCCAAUACACUAUAUAUCUGCACAUCUGUGUAAAAUACAUGGUGUAGACUGGAGUCCACAUCAUGAGUAUCAGUUGGUCACAUCAAGUCAUGAUGGCAGCAUUAAAUACUUUGAUAUAAAUAAUGCAAGACGUCCUGAGAAUGUUAUAAUGACAAAUUUCCCAGUAUGGAGAGCAAUAUACACUCCAUUUGGCAGUGGUUUGUUAACUAUCGGUGUUGGCUGGGGUGGGUUGCCAAGAGCUGAACAAGCAGGGGUCAUUGGUAUUUGGGUUGGAGGUUCCUUAACACACAGGCUUGUUGGCCACACAGACACAGUCCAAACAAUGGUGUGGAGGCCAAAUACUGCACCCAGUAACUAUCAACUAGUCACCUGGGGUCGUGAUCAAUCUCUCAGAGUAUGGGCGAUGCACCCUUCCCUGUUAAAGAUGUGUAAUCAUUAUUUACCAGAUGAUGAAGACACUGAAGAAGAUAAUAAUAGUGACUCAGUAAGUUAUGCAUCUACAGUGGGGUCAAUGAACGAUCUAUCAGUCAAUGAUAACAAAGUUCAAGAUAUACAAAUGAUCAAAUUGUCACAUAAAUCAACAACAUCCAUCGAUGAAGAAUUUGAAUCUAUACCAAAAAUGGCCAACAUAGAAGUGACAGACAUAAACGUAGAAACACGUACUUGUGAAAUACACGCUGAGCGCAAUGGUUACACUGCUAAUUUACAAGUGAUGUUUCCAAGAAAUGUUACUGAACAGACAAUACCAAAAUUCUCUUGGCUGUCAGGCACUAAUGUGGACAGUCCUACUACAAUAAAAAUACUCCAAACAAUCAACAGAACAGCUCACCGAAAGAAAAAAGAAGGUCACAGAUGUUUAUUGCACUGCUUAAAAACACUAGCGACAUCUAUCGAUGAAAUACCGGUAAAGACAAAUGAUGAAACAGAUUCAAUGAAGUCUAGUCAAAGAAGUCAGUCAGAGUGUGAGAACGCUGGUGAUUCAUGUAUCCCUUUCCCUCGCACAUGUGGUGCUAAAUGGUGUGGAGUGAAUACUCUUGUAGUAUUUAAUCGUCCAGCAAAUGCUAGACGAUUGUCAUUGAAACAUGAAACUGGAACACCCAGGUCGAUGUCAUCAUUGUCGUUAGCGCCGACGUUAUUCGGUGCGGGAUACAGCUCUGUGUCACCGCAUGCAACCACUACGCCAUCCCCGACGAAUGCCCCUGGCUUCCCUCAGUUACACCAUAGACACCCGUCCAAUUCAAUAACAACCUUCUAUUUUCAAGAUAGAUGGAAAGCAGUAGGUCGUCGCGCGGGCAGCAUGCGCAGCCGCGGCAGCAUCUCGGGCUGCGGCGCGCCGCGGGUGCUGCUCUACGCCGCCGACCUGUUCCCGCUGCACCGCGCCCUCGCUGAGAACUACGUCAUCAACGCAGAAGAUCCCGUAGAGAUGUGCGAAAGGAAUGCUAAAAUAGCAGCAGAAGAAGGUGAGCGUGAACUAGCUGACUCGUGGGAUUUAGCAGCGCUAUCGGCUCGUUUGCUUCGGACGCCCAUCGUCGACCACCUGGUAUCCAGCGAGGAGACAAUGGGCUGGGUAGGACAUCCUCUGUGCUGCAACAUGAUACAAUCACUAAUAUCACAUUAUGCAAAGUUAUCAGAUCUUCAAAUGGCAGCCAUGUUAGCUUGUGCCUUUUCUGUCUUCAAUGAAUCUAGCAAUUCAAGUUCUCAGUCAACAAUUAGUACUUCCAGUUGUGGAAACGGCACCUCUCCUUAUAGUACAGUAAACCAAUACAGCGAAAUAAGUGCCGACGGUUGGACGCUACCGAUUGUGCUACGCAGUAACUCGUGUUCAGAAGCCGAGAACUUUUAUACUGACUCCACCGUGUCGAAGUCUGAACGCGUAUCAUCUUGCGUACUAGAUGAGUCAACGGUACACCUGUACAAUUGCUUCAAGCGAACUUACGCUGAUAUUUUACAUCGAUGGCAGUUAUUAUAUAAGAAAACAGAGGUGAUGAAGCUGGUUCGAGGUAACGGACGCGCGGAGGAGCACGCGGGCCCGGUGCUGGGCACGCUCGGGGCCGGGGGGCGAGCCACGCUGCGGUGCGCCGUCUGCAUGCUCGCAGUGCGCGGGCUGGCCUGCGUGUGUGCGUACUGCGGCCACGCCGGCCACGCGCGCCACAUGAUACACUGGUUCUCACAACGCGACACAUGUCCAACGGGCUGCGGUUGCAAAUGCCUCAUCGACGGCAACAGUCUCUGGAAAAGUGUCACAAAAUUUGUUUAACGCAUAAGGGUAAUGUAAUUUUAUUUUACACUACAUACAUAUACUGUGUCCACUUUAAAGUGCUUCGGAAGUUAAAAUGCGUUAAAAGUAUAUGAAUUAUGUAGUACUGUACUCAACCUACGUCCUAGUCACAGUAGUGAUUAUUAGUUAAAUAUUAAUUACAUGUUAAUUAGUAAUUAUAUUGAUAAUAUUUGUUUGCAGUAGAAAAUCGCUGUUUUUAUUGUCCGUGUUUCUAACAGCUACGACACAUAAUUAAUAUUUGACUAAGAAUCGCUCGCAACUCCGUCUAAUCCCUUCUAUAAAACGUAACCUAUGUUCUUUUCCAUACAAAAGCUAAAACUUAAAAUCAUUAUGAAGUUAAGUUUAAGUUAAAACAUAGAAUCAUUAUAAUGAACAAACAAGCUCACUUUCGCAUUUAUAAUAUUAGUUAGUAUUAAACUUUGUUUAUGACUUAACUUUGUACAUUAAACAUUAUAUUUCUUUUCAUAAAAUAUGAGGCAACAGUAGAGUCUUGUACAUUUUUUGUACAUAUGUUUCAAAAGAAAUCUAUUCAAUUAUAAUUUUAAAUAUUAUUAUAGUUAGAUGCUAGAUGUUCAAUUAGAAUAGAACGUCCGUGUGUAUACAUACUACUUGUUUUAUGGUCUAUUUUAUUUCAUUUAUAAUAUACUAAUUAUUAAUAUUUCUUUGUAUAAUUUAAAUAACAAAUAUCUAAGUAACCAUCUCUUGACCGCAGAGUAAUCUUAAUAUUUUGUAUAUUGAUGGAAUGUUGAUAUAUUUACAAUACAAUAAUAUUUAUAAAUACUUUAUAUUAAUAAAAUAAAUAUACUCACUUAUAAACCGAAUUGGAACAAAUAGUAAGGGGUUAAAAUUAUAUGUUGCCACUGUGGUGAAUUUUGAAUGUUGCUCUGUUAUUAUUGACAAUUAUAUGGCUAUUAUUUUAUAUAUUUUAACUUUUUAUAUUAAUUUCUUAUAGUUACUUUUAUUUCUGCAUCAAAACUUAGCGAUGGGUUUCUCUUUAAUUUAAUAUUCGUUUUUAGACUGCAUUUAUAAAUUUAGGCUGUAUGGCUUUGUACUUUGCCUUUCACAUAUAAACUUAAUCAUAUCGAUAACAUACAUAAUACGUGUACUUAUAGUAUGUACAUUAGUUUUCUUGUUUAAGGCAGUAUUGCAUUAUCUAAUAUAUUGGAAUAAAGCUACAGUUAUCUGUCAGUUUAUUAUUUUUACAUGCAUUUUAAACAUAAUAUAAUUAAUUUUUUUCAAUGUAUUACCUAGGUACUUUAGGAAUCACCUAGAUAAAGCAAUCUCGUUUUUGUAUAGUAUAUUUAUGACUCCAAAAUGCAGUAUAUUUUUUAUAUAUAUAAUGAUCUAAUAUUUGUUCUGUAAUGAAACAAUACCAAUGCUGUGAAACAUGAUACUUUUAACUAAUAUUUGGGUAACUAAUUACCAUGAACCAAACAGAAGCUUAUAUGGUAAAUAGUGACUUUAAGAAAUAUUAUUAUCUUCUUGUACUGAUUUUUAUUGUUUUAAAUUGAUAGUUUAAUAUUUAUAUUAAGGUUAAGUGUUAUAU